CCUCCUGUGCCUGUUACACAAACAGCAGCAGCUCGAGACAGUAAAUAGAGAAAAGAUGGCGGAGUUCAUUCAGCUCAACAAACCCACUGAACCGAAAUCCGCGAACCAAAACCGCGAUCAUCCUGCUCUUCAUCCUCAUCAUCCUCCACCGGCCAAGAAGAUCCGUCAUGAGGAGAAAAUAUUCACAUCCAAGAAGAUGAACGGAGGCGCGAAGGAACAGAAUUACACGAACGAACCGAAAAACAAGAAACCCCGAACAGAAAAAGACCGAGAGAGGGAUAAAGAGAGGGAUAAAGAUAAAGAGAGGGAUAAAGAUAAAGAGAGGAAGAAACACAAAGUGGCUGCAGAAAAUCACCUCAGUAUAAAGCAGGAGAACGGCGCGCUCAAGUCACCGCAGAAAGAUCAUACCGUCAAAGAGAAACAAAGAGGCCGAGAGAAGAAGAGAGAAAAAGAUGAGACGGAGAAACGCAAACACAAGCUGAUGACUGAAAUCAAGAGAGAGAACGGAGAGGUGAAAAUCCUGCAGAAAGGUGACCGAGAGAAAUACAAGAUCAACUCGGCUGAAGAUUUACUGAUGAAGAAGGUGAAGAAGAAAAAGAAAAAGAAACAUAAAGAGAGUGAAAAGUGCAAACGGCCGAAGAUGUUCAGCAGAUCCAGCCAGACGGUGUGCUCCGAUCUGACAGACCUGAUGUCCGUAUCUGUAGCAGAAUUCAAGCCGCCUCUUCCAGUCCAGCAGGGCGACAUGGGUGGGCUGAAGCAGGAGGAGAACAGCCAGAGCUCGAGCGUGGCGAAAGUCGGCAAACCGCCCGGACUUGAUGGUCUGGAGUUCGGCCGUCUGGUUCAUGUAGAGCAGCAGCCGAACGGCGGCGCUCUGGUUCUGCACGCGUACAACUGCGAGCUCUCUGUCCUGUCUCUUGUGGAGAUGCAGAGGUUCGCACAUGAGUUUGUCAAGUUAUCGUUCAGCGAAGACCAUGACGGAGCCGCAAACUAUGUGAUGGGCGUGAUUCACAGCGCCGCCGCGUACCUCCCCGACUUCCUGGAAUACUUCUCUAGUAAGUUUCCGAACUCUCCAGUAAAAAUGGAAAUCCUGGGAAAGAAGGACAUCGAGACGACCACUAUGGCAAACUUUCACACUCAGGUGAAGAGGAGUUACUCUCACGGGACGUACCGUGCCGGCGCCAUGAGGCAGAUCAGUCUGGUGGGUGCAGUAGAUGAGGAGGUGGGCGAUUAUUUCCCAGAAUUCCUCAGUAUGCUGGAAAAAUCACCAUUCCUGGAGCGGACGUUGCCGUGGGGAUCGUUCUCCAGUCUGAAGCAGAUGAGUCCGACAGACAGUGAUGAUGGUCCCAUCAUGUGGGUUCGGCCCGGAGAGCAGAUGAUCCCAGUGACAGACAUGCCAAAGUCUCCAUUCAAACGAAAACGGUCGACCAAUGAGAUUAAGAAUCUGCAGUACCUGCCGAGAGCCUGCGAACCGCGCGAGAUGCUGUUUGAGGAUCGAACCCGAGCUCACGCAGAUCACAUCGGUCAAGGGUUCGAACGACAAACCACUGCAGCUGUGGGGGUGCUGAAAGCGGUGCGCUGCGGUGAAGGUUCUUACCCUCCUCGUAUCACUAAAGAUGUGAUCUGUUUCCAUGCGGCUGAUUUUGCUGAUGUGGUUCAGCGAUUACAACUUGACCUGUAUGAGCCACCGCUGUCUCAGUGUGUGCAGUGGGUGGACGAUGCGAAACUCAAUCAGUUAAGGCGUGAGGGGAUCCGAUACGCUCGUAUCCAGCUGUACGAUAACGACAUCUACUUCAUCCCUCGGAACGUCGUUCAUCAGUUCAAGAGCGUGUCGGCCGUGUGUAGUCUCGCCUGGCACGUGCGUUUGAAACAGUAUCACCAGGACAGCAAGGAAGAGGCUCGUGAGGAAGAAAACGGUCAGAUGAAGCGUGUCAAGCAGGAGCCGCUGAGCGAGAACAUCGACUUCAAACCCUUGAGAGAGACACCCGACAUACAGAUGGAGAUAGAAAGACCGCCCAAAGCUCCACCCAGCAACAGCAGCUUUACUCCGCCUCCAGCCACCUCAUCUAAUGGGCAACACAAAGUGCAGCACGAAUCAGAACGUCAAAGCACUUCAUCACACCCCCCCACUGCUACACCCAACACUUCACUCAGCUCAACGGCCAGUCCAUACACGCCCAAACACGCACCCGCCUCAACGCCCACCAAACACACACACGCCUCAAUGCCCACCAAACACGCCUCAACACCCACCAAACACGCACCCGCCUCAACGCCCACCAAGCACGCACCCGUUUUAACGCCCACCAAGCACGCACCCGCUUUAACGCCCACCAAGCACGCACCCACCUCAGCACCCGCCUCAACGCCCGCCAAGCACGCACCCGCCUCAGCACCCGCCUCAAUGCCCGCCAAGCACGCACCCGCCUCAAUGCCCGCCAAGCACGCACCCGCCUCAAUGCCCGCCAAGCACGCACCCGCCUCAACGCCCACCAAGCACGCACCCGCCUCAAUGCCCACCAAACACGCACCCGCCUCAAUGCCAAACAAACACACCUUCAAAUACUUGCACUCUUCCUCCACCCCAAAAUCAGGACACGCCCCCACAUUCCCAACUAAGCCAACCCACUCUACAAACACAAUCAAAUUAACCCAUGCAAUGAACACAACUAAACCAACACACUCUACUAAUCCAAGCAAAGCAACACACACUAUAAAUACAGACAAAUACACACACUCCACAUUAAUAACCAAACCCACCCCCAAACUGAGCUCUGGACUGUCAGUCAACUGGACUGCCCCGCCCCCCCUGAGGCCAGACGGCCCACAAGACACUCUUCACCCAAAGGCUGUCAGACACCCGCAUGAACCACACAAAGACUUUUUAUGCUGAUUUGUGUGUUGGUUUAGUUGUACAGAGCAGUUUUUAAAUGGCACUUCUUUUAAUCAUUUAUUUCAAAUUUUUAAUCUGAAGAGGAGACCGCAGCACCCGUGAGUUCAGUAAGACAGCUGCUGAAUCUGUCUGUCUCUCUGGCUUUCUGUACUGCAAAACUAAUCUGUAUUUUUGUCUUCUUUUUCCAGUAAACUAUCUAAACAUCCUAAAAACACAAUAUAUUUAUUAGUGCAAAAUUGUGUAAAGAUUCUUGUAUUCAGAUAAUAUAUUUUGACUUGAAUUAUAAUCCUCAUGAUCGAUUUGAGAACAAUACGUCAGUGAGGUCCGAUAAUAAAGCGAUAUCACACAAGCGAGUGUUGUGUUGGUCCUGCAGGUAAUCGCUGCUGUGCUGAUAUACACAACAACGUCACGAUUGAGAGUGUGAUAUUGCCUUUAUAAACGAGGAAAAGCAAGGAGUGUCCCAGAAAGCUUUGUGUGUGUUGAACUACAGUACUGUGCAAAAGUCUUGGGACAUAAGAUGCUUCACAGAAACAUUUGUCUUAAGAUGGUUAUGUAUAUUUUCAGCUUUAGUGCAUCAAUAUUAUAUAUACAUUUUAGACUCCCAAACAUAACAUAGAAGAACAGGGAGCCCUGCUGCAGAUGGCAUGUGCCGGGACCCCACAGAGCCCCCACUGAAUAUUGAGUCGUGAACAUCCGAUCUGCCAACAACUAAGAAUAACUGUGUCCAGGGGACUCUAGGAGAAUUGGGGCUGUUUUAAGGUGGUCACACUGAAUAUUGAUUUUUAUAUGUUCGCUGGACUUUAUGACAUUAAGUGAUAAAUGAAGACAUCCUCACUAUGCAACAUUUCCCAAGUGAAACUGUUGCACAGUUCUGUACCUUCUGAAGACACAUUCAGGAUCUGUGAAUCAGGACACCAUUAAUAAUUCAUCUGUGUGUGAGUGAGUGAUUGUUGUGAAGCUGUUAAUCCGCAGAAUAUCAACAGAAACUCUUGUCUCCACCUGGUGGUGUAAAUGUGUAAUGCAACAGAUUCUCUGUGAUCUCCAGUGAUCCAAUCAGAUUCAAGAACCGCAACUAACUGUUGUAUAAAAUACAAUUAUUAAAGAUUAUUCCAUGAAAACAAGUCUUACACAAUUUAAAAGUCGAUGCAUGUUUACUGGAAAAGGAGACUUGUGCUGAUUUGUGUUUGCGGUGUAUGUGUAACACAUUCCUCAGUGCCUGUCCCAAACUGUGAACUAUUGUAGCACUUCAGCUGCACACUGAGAACAUACUGCAAAUCCAAACAGCUCCUUGAAUAAUAUAUUUUCUGUUGUAGCUUUAGAGGAUUAGAGUUGACAUGAACAUAUAUAUUUUUUGUAAGAUGACAGAAUUCUUUUAAAGACUCUACAGGCUUUUCCAUAGAGUUUAUUUAUAUCAAGGGUUUCUUUGGUUUUGGUUAAUUUUGUCCGAACUGUAGUGUACAUAUCGAUUUUUCUAAUGCAAAUGUGUAGUGUGAUUUAUACGGAAAUAAGAACCUCCUAAUAAAAGGUUCUGUUUGUUAUGUGUGUGUGUGUGUGUGUGUGUGUGAUUCUGUGAGUGUAUCAGUGUGUGUGUGAUUCUGUGAGUGUAUCAGUGUGUGUGGGUGAUUCUGUGAGUGUAUCAGUGUGUGUGGGUGUGUGGGUGAUUCUGUGAGUGUAUCAGUGUGGGUGUGUGAUUCUGUGAGUGUAUCAGUGUGUGGGUGUGUGAUUCUGUGAGUGUAUCAGUGUGUGUGUGAUUCUGUGAGUGUAUCAGUGUGUGUGUGUGAUUCUGUGAGUGUAUCAGUGUGUGUGUGAUUCUGUGAGUGUAUCAGUGUGUGUGGGUGAUUCUGUGAGUGUAUCAGUGUGUGUGUGUGUGUGUGUG